AUGCCUGAGUUAUCAGAUGUCAUUGCAGAAAGUAGAACGUGUAAAGUGAAAGCCGCACCACUUUACAAGUUGCAAAGAAAAGAUGAACACUUUGUUUGGGAAGAAGCCCAAGAACAGUCAUUCAAUAAGUUCAAAGCUGCAUUGAUCUUGUCACCUGUCCUUAGGUACCCAGGAAAGCAAAAUAUUGUAGCUUAUGCUUUUUCCCGACACUUAGCUUUAAUUCAUGUAAAUUACGUAGUAAUAGAUGCUACAGAAGUCGAGACAGCACAGAGACAAGACCUCAUAUUGAUGCCUGUCAUUAAGUUGCAGAAUAAACAAGAUACUCGGCCAAUUCACAAACCCCCAGUUCCAUUGAAAGAAUGUAGUAUUAUGCCAUAUAAUCCAGCAAGUAAUGGGUUAGCAGAGCAUACUAACAGAAAAGUGUUAGAUGCCUUGAGAGUCACUUUGAAUUUUGAUAACAGUAAUUGGGAUGAAUUCAUAUCAUUAGUACAGUGUGCCAUAAAUUCUUCCAUUAAUGCCUCUACAGGAGACACUCCUCAUGCUAUUCUUUAUGUCUUUCUCAGGAGACGCAGUGUGGCGCCUUCCUGUAGUGUUGGUGCCGAGGUGGCCAGCUGUACGGGGGUUGGGUGGGCGCCGCCCCCCGUAGAUAACCUCAGAUGGGGGUCAGGGAGGCUUGAGGAUGAUGCGAGAGAUGAAGAAACAGAUGCUGAUGAUGGCAGUGAAGUCGAUGGCAGUGAUGAUAGUGAGGGUCUUAACGUAGAUGCCAGAGACUGUGAAGGGAGCAGUGAUGCUGUAGAGGGCACUGAAGCUUCAGACAGCAUUGAUGUUGAUGGUGUUGCAGAUGGCGCUCCUUGGCGAGACAGUUGCUGCGUGAGGUAUAAUAAUGGUGGUGAUGCUGCCUUCUCUGAUGGUGGAGAUGAGAAUACUAUUGGAGGCUGUAGUGGUAUUGUAGAUGAUUGUUGUACUGCUGGUAAUUGUAGCUUUGUUGGAGAUUGUUGUAGUCUUGCAGAUGUCUGUGGUGCUGGAGUUGAGGUAAUUAAUGGAAACGAUGUUGAUGAUGUCAAGGUUAAAGACGAUGUUAAUGCUGGAGAUGAUGAUGAAGAUACAGAGAGUAGUGAUGUUGGAGAUGGUGAUGAUCUUAAUGUUGGAGAUGAUGACAGCUUUGGUGCUGGUAGCGGUGUUGGAGAUGAUGACAGCUUUGGUGUUGGAGAUGAUGACAGCUUUGGUGCUGGUAGUGGUGUUGGAGAUGAUGACAGCUUUGGUGUUGGAGAUGAUGACAGCUUUGGUGCUGGUAGUGGUGUUGGAGAUGAUGACAGCUUUGGUGUUGGAAGUGGUGUUGGAGAUGAUGACAGCUUUGGUGUUGGAAGUGGUGUUGGAGAUGAUGACAGCUUUGGUGUUGGAAGUGGUGUUGGAGAUGAUGACAGCUUUGGUGUUGGAAGUGGUGUUGGAGAUGAUGACAGCUUUGGUGUUGGUAGUGGUGUUGGAGAUGAUGACAGCUUUGGUGUUGGAAGUGGUGUUGGAGAUGAUGACAGCUUUGGUGUUGGAAGUGGUGUUGGAGAUGAUGACAGCUUUGGUGAUGGUAGUGGUGUUGGAGAUAAUGACAGCUUUGGUGUUGGAAGUGGUGUUGGAGAUGAUGACAGCUUUGGUGUUGGAAGUGGUGUUGGAGAUGAUGACAGCUUUGGUGUUGGAAGUGGUGUUGGAGAUAAUGACAGCUUUGGUGCUGGUAGUGGUGUUGGAGAUGACAGUGGUGUUGGAGAUGAUGACAGCUUUGGUGUUGGUAGUGGUGUUGGAGAUGAUGACAGCUUUGGUGUUGGAAGUGGUGUUGGAGAUGAUGACAGCUUUGGUGUUGGUAGUGGUGUUGGAGAUGAUGACAGCUUUGGUGUUGGUAGUGGUGUUGGAGAUGACAGUGGUGUUGGAGAUGAUGACAGCUUUGGUGUUGGUAGUGGUGUUGGAGAUGACAGUGGUGUUGGAGAUGACAGUGGUGUUGGAGAUGACAGUGGUGCUGGAGAUGACAGUGGUGUUGGAGAUGACAGUGGUGUUGGAGAUGACAGUGGUGCUGGAGAUGACAGUGGUGUUGGAGAUGACAGUGGUGUUGGAGAUGACAGUGGUGUUGGAGAUGACAGUGGUGUUGGAGAUGACAGUGGUGUUGGAGAUGACAGUGGUGCUGGAGAUGACAGUGGUGCUGGAGAUGACAGUGGUGCUGGAGAUGACAGUGGUGUUGGAGAUGACAGUGGUGUUGGAGAUGACAGUGGUGUUGGAGAUGACAGUGGUGUUGGAGAUGACAGUGGUGUUGGAGAUGACAGUGGUGUUGGAGAUGACAGUGGUGUUGGAGAUGACAGUGGUGUUGGAGAUGACAGUGGUGCUGGAGAUGACAGUGGUGUUGGAGAUGACAGUGGUGUUGGAGAUGACAGUGGUGUUGGAGAUGACAGUGGUGUUGGAGAUGACAGUGGUGUUGGAGAUGACAGUGGUGCUGGAGAUGACAGUGGUGCUGGAGAUGACAGUGGUGUUGGAGAUGACAGUGGUGUUGGAGAUGACAGUGGUGUUGGAGAUGACAGUGGUGUUGGAGAUGACAGUGGUGUUGGAGAUGACAGUGGUGUUGGAGAUGACAGUGGUGCUGGAGAUGACAGUGGUGUCGGAGAUGACAGUGGUGUUGGAGAUGACAGUGGUGUUGGAGAUGACAGUGGUGUUGGAGAUGACAGUGGUGUUGGAGAUGACAGUGGUGUUGGAGAUGACAGUGGUGCUGGAGAUGACAGUGGUGUUGGAGAUGACAGUGGUGCUGGAGACUGGACAGUUGCUGGUGUCACUUGGACAGUAGCUGACGUCAGAUGA